CUUCUAGUCAGAUAGUCAGCAAUGACGUUGGUGAUGAUUAUGUUUCUCCGAGAAGAUUUUUAUAUAACUAGAAGUUCUUGACGGGUUAAUCCUAAAUUUUCACAUGCUCCUACCAUAUGCCUAUCUCGAUGACCAUCCUUUCUCAUGGCGAACACCCUUUUGUUGGUGGUAUACUAUGCCGUACCAGCUUUUAUAACCUGUUUCGUUCUAUACGUGCUCUAUCAAAUAUUCUUUCAUCCGCUUAGAAGUUACCCCGGGCCAUUUACGGCUAAGUUGUGGGAUAUCUAUAAUGCAUACCCUGCAUAUAAUCAGGACGCACACUUAAUCGCAAGACAGAAUCAAUUGAAGUAUGGUCCGGUAAUUAGGCAUGGCCCAAAUAAACUUGUGUUCAACUCUCUUUUGGCCUUGCGAGACAUCUAUCAGAAUGACCGGCUUACCAAAACUGGGGCUUAUGCGGUGAUGAGGGCAGACGCGACAGCCCGGAAUGUUUUCAACGCAAGGAACAACGGCUUGAUUGACCGAUUCAUGCGACGUUUUGAGCCUACCAUGGUAGAACAAGUCGACAUAUUCCUCGAGCAGCUAUUGAUUGCAUCUCGGAAGUCUAUCCCGGUUGAUAUGACAGACCGGGCAAAACGUCUUGGCAUGGACAUCGCUGGUUUACUUGGGUUUGGGUAUGACCUCCGCCUUCAAACGAGCGACGAAAACUACCCGAUUCUCAAAGCCAUAGGAAAAAGCGGCUUCUGGGCCUAUGUUUUCUUUCACUGCCCUUCACUGAGGUUCUGGGCCCGACCAUCUACUCUACUAUCUGCCGGUUCAGUUAUAAUCUCUCGUACCUCGCGAGAGAAACGCGCAAAACGGGAUCUGUACUCUCUCGUUUCAGAUGCCCUAGACAGUGAGGCUGGUGGCGUACGACAGAGCGAUCUGUGGAGCGACGCAACUUUCCUAGGGACUAAUGGAGAUACGGUCAAGACUAUGCUGGCUGCUACGUUCUUCUACCUAUCACGGAAUCCGAAAUGCUACGAAAAAUUGGCUUAUGAAAUACGUUCUAUGUUUACGAGUAGCCGCGAGAUCUCUGGUCCGACACUCGCAAGUUGCCAAUGCCUUCGCGCGUGUAUUGAUGAAUCUUUGCGUAUGUCUCCACCUACGCCAGGGGUCUUUUGGAGGGAGCAGGUCACGGACGACAGCGAUAAUCGGCCUUUGACCAUUGACGGAUGCACGAUUCCUCGGGGAGUUCAAGUCGGCGUGAAUACGUAUUCAAUUCUCCAUGACGAAGACGUCUUCCCGAACCCAUUCACAUUUGCCCCUGAACGGUGGCUGAGUUCUGUGUCACCCGAGAUGGCGAAGCUGAUGAGUGAUGCUUUCAUCCCGUUUUCAAUUGGCCCUACGCAGUGCGCUGAGAAGUCGAUGGCGUACUUGGGAGUGAGUUUAAUAAUUGCUAAGACAUUCUGGCUUUUCGACUUCGAACAAGCGCCGGGUGAAUUGGGCAAGAUAGGAGGCGGGGGUCCUGGUAUGGGACAAGGUCGAGAGCGUUCGGAUGAGUUCCAGCUUUACGAUCGCUUCACUUCUGGACAUAAAGGGCCUUACUUGGUUUUCAGGACUCGUGGUGAUCUUUGGAAGGAUAUUAGAGCGUAAGGGUCGAGAGGGGGGUUGAUGUAUGGUAUCUCGGGGCAUACAUAAGAUAUCUAUCGGUUACAAAUAACCCGGGCUUUAAGAAGGAAUAGAAAAAAUGUGUGUGAUAGC